AUGGCGGAGUUGCAGCAGUUAGUGGAAGCUCACCAGAGCAACGGCGGUUAUAAUCCCCUGCCGUUAACCUUGGCCGAAGCACCGGAAACAUCCGCCGCCGUUUCAGCCGGCGUAUCAAUGGGAUCGAAACGACUGAGAAGACCGAGCGUUCGGUUAGGAGACAUCGGCGGCGAUCAGUACCAACACGCGGCGUACGAUUCGCAGUUGCGUCGGCCGAAAUGGAGGCCGGCGGGCAACAGAAAGGAGUCGAAUCAGGGAGGGAAGUCUUCGUCGAGGACUCGAACGCUAGCGAAUCUGAGCUCCGGGUACGAGCACACCGGAACCCUAGACGGAGAUCCGAUUGCCGUCGGGACUUGGCGGGUCAAUAAAUGGGUUAAAGCAUCGGGUGGGGAGACGCCGGCGACAGCAAUGGCGAAGCGAGUCCGGUCGAAUUGGUCGACGAAAAUGGAAGAGACCAGGGACGGAAUUGAGCAGGGAGAUGAGAAAUUCAGCGGAGGAGACGAAGACGAAGAUGAUGAGGAAUUGGAAGAGGGGUUUCGCGAUUUCAGCAGAGAAGAUUCAGAGAGUCCGAUGAAAGAACAGACGCAGGAGAAUCGGAACGAGAGGAAAGGGUUUGAGAAAAGGAGAAGGUACGAGAGUAGCAGUGGGAUUAGGGAAUUGGAAGUUUCAGGAGAUUGGCAGAGCGGAGGAAGAGGCAAAGAAGGAGUGAAAAUAUGGUUGCAGGAGUUAGGGUUAGGGAGAUAUUGGCCAAUGUUUGAGAUGCACGAAGUUGAUGAAGAAGUGUUGCCAUUGUUGACAUUGGAGGAUCUCAAGGAUAUGGGGAUCAAUGCUGUUGGAUCCAGAAGGAAGAUGUAUUGUGCAAUACAGAAGCUCGGGAGAGAGUUCUCGUGA